AGGAGCGUUUAUCAUCAGACACUAGGCAACGAGCAGAGCAGGGGGGUGGUGGUGCUUUCGCGCUGUGUUGUCGUACACAGGCAGCGGCAGAUCGAGAGGUCGUCUCCGUUGCAAAGUAGACGGAGGGGGGAGGCAGUAAGUUGCUGCUGCUGCUGCCGCCGCCGAGCGACACUCGGCCAGCCCUUGCGAGAUGAGGAAUCUGCUAAUGACUUGAAAUAAAAGGAAGCAUGGCUCAGUUUCCAACAGCUUUUGCGGGGGGCCUGGAUAUCUGUGCCAUUACAGUGGAAGAAAGAGCUAAGCAUGACCAGCAGUUUCUUAGCAUUAAACCAACUGGUGGAAUGAUUACUGGUGAUCAGGCACGAAAUUUCUUUCUUCAGUCUGGAUUGCCUCCACCUGUUCUUGCACAGAUAUGGGCUCUGGCUGAUAUGAAUAAUGACGGAAAGAUGGAUCAAAUGGAGUUCUCUAUAGCCAUGAAAUUGAUCAAGUUAAAACUACAGGGUCAUCAGCUUCCCUCGUCACUGCCUCCCAUCAUGAAACAAGUACCAAUGGCUAUUCCAACAACACCAGCAUUUGGUAUAGCCAGUGUUCCAGCUUUGUCCUCCAUGGGUUCAGUAGCACCUUUGUCAAUGGCGCCCAUGCCAGUUGUGGGGAUGUCACCACCACUGGUAUCUUCUGUUCCUGCAGUUGGAGUCCCUGCGCUAGCCAAUGGGACACCUUCUAUGGUGCAGCCUAUAGCUGCCUUUGCUCAUCCGGGAGCCACAUUGCCAAAGAGUUCUUCCUUCAGUCGUUCGGUAUCAGUCUGUCAAGCAAAUGGAACAAAACUACAAAAAGCACAGUCAUUCGAUAUGGGAAAUGUAAAUGUGCCACCCACAGCUGCUACUGUAGAAUGGGCUGUUCCUCAAUCAUCCAGAUUGAAAUACAGGCAGCUCUUCAACAGUCAUGAUAAGACAAUGAGUGGACAUUUAACAGGUCCACAAGCAAGAACCAUUUUAAUGCAAUCCAGUUUACCACAGGCUCAAUUAGCAUCUAUCUGGAAUCUUUCUGAUAUAGAUCAAGAUGGAAAACUUACAGCAGAAGAAUUCAUUCUUGCAAUGCACUUAAUUGACAUGGCCAUGUCUGGGCAACCAUUGCCUCCUGUCCUGACUCGAGAAUUGAUCCCACCUACAUUCAGAAGAGGCAGGUCGGGUAGUGGAAAAUCUCUGGGAAGCUCCUUGUCGAUUGAUCAAAGGGUACCUGAAGAACCACAAGAGGAGGAAUCUGAAAAGAAGUUGCCUGUGACAUUUGAGGACAAGAAACGUGAGAAUUUUGAGCGAGGGAACCUUGAACUUGAAAAACGACGUCAGAUUCUUCUGGAGCAGCAGCGAAAAGAACAAGAACGAUUUGCCCAGUUGGAGCGAGCAGAGCAAGAACGUAAAGAGCGGGAGCGUCAAGAGCAAGAGAGGAAAAGACAGAUGGAGUUAGAGAAACAGCUAGAGAAACAAAGGGAGUUUGAACGACAGAGGGAAGAAGAGAGAAGAAAAGAAAUAGAAAGACGUGAGGCAGCAAAACGUGAACUAGAAAGGCAGCGCCAACUAGAAUGGGAGCGGAAUCGUCGACAGGAACUCUUGAACCAACGAAACAAAGAACAAGAAGAAAUCGUUGCUUUAAAAGCAAGGAAAAAGACCUUAGAAUUUGAACUUGAAGCACUUAAUGAUAAAAAGAAUCAAUUGGAAGGCAAGCUUCAAGACAUCCGGUUUCGUGUUUCUACUCAGAGACAUGAAAUUGAGCAUACAAAUCAGACAAGGGAAUUGAGGAUUUCAGAAAUUACACAUCUACAGCAACAAUUACAGGAGUUUCAACAGAUGCUCAGUCUACUGAUUCCGGAAAAACAAGCUCUCAAUGAUAAAUUGAAGCAGGUCCAACAGAACAACAUACAUAGAGACAGUAUUCUUGCUGUCAAAAAAUCGUUGGAAAGCAAAGAGUUGACGAGACAACGCCUUCGUGACCAACUUGAUGAAGUUGAGAAAGAAACCAGAGCAAAGCUUCAGGAGAUAGAUGUCUUCAAUAAUCAGUUGAAGGAACUAAGGGAAAUGCAUAACAAGCAACAACUACAGCGACAGAAAGAAGCUGAAAUAGAAAUGCAAAAGCAGAAGGAGCAGGAUCGGCGGACACAAGAACUGGAAAGACAGCAUGAUAAAGAAGCUGUUCAGAGAUCUGCACAGGAACGUGACAAACUUUGGCAGGAACAAGUGCAAAAAGAUGAAGAAGAACGGCUAAGAAACCUGCAGCAAGAGGAGAAUCGAAGGCGGGAGGAAUUGCUACAAAAGCAAGAACCAGAGGGAAAAAGCAAGCAAGAUGUAUUAAACAAAGUGUUUCAACAGCAUCUGGAGCCAUCAAAGAAACAGUCUCCAAGUGGAUGGCCUACACCAGAAAAAUCUACUUCUGUAAAUACUGAUCAAGAUGGUGUGAAAGUUGUAUAUUAUAAAGCGUUGUAUCCUUUUGAAGCUAGGAGCCACGAUGAACUUACCAUUCACCCUGGGAAUAUCAUAAUGGUGGAUGAAAGUCAGACUGGAGAACCUGGAUGGCUUGGAGGUGAAUUGAAAGGAAAAACUGGAUGGUUUCCUGCUAAUUAUGCGGAGAAGAUUCUGGAGAGUGAAUUGCCACCGGCUUUACAACAAGGAACAAGACUUACUGCAAAGAUUGCUCCUCAUACUGUGAUUUCUGGUGUUGCACAACCGAUGGCUGAGACUGCCACAUCCUCCAACUGGGCAGAUUUUAGCUCUACAUGGCCGACAACAGGCACCGAGAAACCAGAGAAUGACAAUUGGGAUGCUUGGGCGAUGCAGCCUUCACUUACUGUCCCUAGUGCAGGUCAGCCACGUCAGCGGUCGGCCUUCACCCCUGCUACUGUGUCUGGGUCAUCUCCAUCACCCGUGCUGGGCCAGGGAGAGAAGGUUGAAGGGCUACAAGCUCAAGCUUUAUAUCCUUGGCGAGCAAAGAAGGACAAUCACCUCAACUUCAAUAAAAAUGACAUCAUCACUGUUCUGGAGCAACAAGAUAUGUGGUGGUUUGGAGAAGUUCAUGGACAAAAGGGCUGGUUCCCCAAAUCCUAUGUGAAGCUUAUUUCAGGACCUGUAAGGAAAUCUGUAAGUGUGGAUUCUACUUCAGAAAGCCCGCCCAGCCUGAAGAGAAUGAGCACCCCACCAUCAAAAGUCAUUGCUUCACAAGGAGAUGCACAGUGCAGGGAGGAGGCUCCACCGCCUCGACCUCCCUCUCUCCCAAGGAAAGAUUCCAAUUUGAGGGUGCCUUGUGCUUCAGAGACGCUCUCUGCUGCUUCGAGUGGAGAAGAAUUUGUGGCUAUGUACACGUAUGAAAGUAAUGAGCCUGGAGACUUGACUUAUCAGCAAGGAGAUGUGAUUCUUGUGACGAAGAAAGACGGUGAUUGGUGGACAGGUGUUGUAGGGGAAAAAGUGGGCGUUUUCCCGUCUAACUACGUCAGACCAAAGGAUUCUGAGGGACCUGGACAAAUGGGAAAAGGUGGAAGCCUUGGAAGAAAACCGGAAAUUGCACAGGUUAUAGCUCCUUACACAGCAACUGGAGCUGAACAACUUACACUAGCACCUGGUCAGCUAAUCCUCAUCCGCAAGAGGAAUGCCGGUGGAUGGUGGGAAGGGGAACUUCAGGCGCGAGGUAAGAAGCGGCAAAUUGGAUGGUUCCCUGCCAAUUAUGUGAAACUUCUGAGUCCUGGAACAAGUAAAAGUACUCCAACUGAAGCUGCAAAGCUCCCUGUAGCAACAAAUGUCUUGUUCCAAGUGAUUGGAAUGUACGACUAUAUUGCACAGAAUGAUGACGAACUUGCGUUUACCAAAGGACAGAUCAUUGGUGUUCUUAACAAGGACGAUCCUGAUUGGUGGAAAGGGGAGCUCAAUGGCGUCACAGGUCUCUUUCCAUCCAACUAUGUGAAGCUAACAACGGAUAUGGACCCAAGCCAGCAAUGGUGUGCUGACUUGCAUUUAUUGGACAUGCUAACACCAUCAGAGAGGAAGCGGCAGGGUUACAUCCAUGAGCUCAUCGUGACAGAGGAAAACUACGUGAGCGAUCUGCAGCUUGUCACUGAGGUCUUUCAGAAGCCAUUACUCGAGUCUGAUCUGUUGACGGAGAAAGAGGUGACCAUGAUCUUCGUUAACUGGAAAGAGCUCAUCAUGUGCAAUAUUAAAUUGCUGAAGGCACUGCGAGUAAGGAAGAAGAUGUCAGGGGAAAGGAUGCCGGUAAAAAUGAUUGGAGACAUUUUGACUGCACAGUUGCCUCAUAUGCAGCCCUACAUCCGAUUCUGCAGCUGCCAGCUUAAUGGAGCAGCUCUCAUCCAGCAAAAGACGGACGAGAUCAUCGAAUUUAAAGAAUUUGUCAAAAGACUAGCGAUGGACCCACAAUGUAAAGGAAUGCCACUGUCAAGUUUCCUACUAAAGCCUAUGCAAAGAGUAACACGCUAUCCCUUAAUCAUAAAAAAUAUCCUGGAAAACACCCCUGAAAAUCAUCCUGAUUUCAGCCACUUGAAGCAGGCUCUUGAAAAGGCCGAAGAGUUGUGUUCGCAGGUGAAUGAGGGCGUAAGGGAAAAGGAAAACUCGGACAGGCUGGAGUGGAUCCAAACACAUGUGCAAUGUGAAGGUUUAUCUGAGCAACUUGUUUUUAAUUCCGUCACAAACUGCUUGGGUCCUCGGAAGUUCCUGCACAGUGGUAAACUUUACAAAGCCAAGAGUAACAAGGAACUUUAUGGAUUCUUGUUCAAUGACUUCCUGCUACUGACUCAGAUCAUUAAACCACUAGGUUCCUCAGGGACCGACAAAGUCUUCAGCCCCAAGUCUAACCUGCAGUACAAAAUGUACAAGACACCUAUCUUUCUGAAUGAAGUGUUGGUGAAGUUACCAACUGACCCUUCCGGCGAUGAGCCAAUUUUCCACAUCUCCCACAUCGACAGGGUGUACACGCUUCGUGCUGAAAGCAUCAAUGAAAGAACUGCUUGGGUACAAAAAAUUAAAGCUGCUUCAGAACUGUAUAUAGAGACGGAAAAGAAAAAGCGGGAAAAGGCUUACUUGGUUCGUUCUCAAAGGGCUACAGGCAUUGGCAGGCUGAUGGUAAACAUAGUUGAAGGUAUAGAGCUGAAAGCAUGUAGGUCCAAUGGUAAAAGUAAUCCUUACUGCGAAGUGACAAUGGGUUCUCAGUGCCACAUCACCAAAACCAUUCAAGAUACUCUGAAUCCCAAGUGGAAUUCUAAUUGUCAGUUCUUCAUCAAAGACCUGGAACAGGAUGUACUUUGCAUCACUGUAUUUGAGCGUGACCAGUUCUCACCAGAUGAUUUUCUGGGCCGCACAGAAAUUCGCGUGUCAGAUAUCAAAAAAGAUCAGGGCUCCAAAGGUCCUGUUACAAAGCGCCUCCUGCUUCAUGAAGUCCCUACUGGUGAGAUAGUAGUCCGGCUGGAUUUGCAGCUCUUUGAUGAAACUUAAGGGUAAUAUAUGUAUUUCUGUACAUUGAAAAGCCACUAAUAAUGACUGAAUCAAAUACCUGCAAGAGCUAGGACUGCUGCAAACUUCCAACGUGCAGAAUACACAGAGCAUACUUUGUUUACUGUUUUGUAUUCAUAGAAAUGUGAAAUUAGAGUUUGUAGAUGUCACUUCCAUUUGUCAGCGCAAAGCUUUCACAUAUCUACAUUCCACUUCCAGUUUUUCAGACCAUAAGUGACGCAGGGCUUGUCUUUCCAAACGCUGACCAGUGGCUCUGAAUGGAACUGAUUCCAAUGUAUGGUAAAAGUUUGCACAAAUUUUUUAGGGGAUAUCACAGAAGCCAAGCCACAUUUUUUGGUGGCUGCCUUUGGUGAGGGGAGUGAAACAUGCCCUCUGGGUGCACUUCAUUAAAUAAAGUUAGUCACUUUCCUCUAUGCACUUGCUUAUAAUGUUUUAGCUGCAGCGAUUCGAAAAUAAGGUGCCAAGAUAGAAUGUCAUAAAUUAUUAUAAAUCACUUUAGAAGAAUUGUUCAUAACAAAUAUCCAAGUGCAGAUAUGACUAAGAUGGAACAUAUAAAGGGGAGGUUCCUGAUUUGCUGAUUGUCUUGAGAAUAAUGUAAACUUGUUUAUUGUGUUAGAGUUUAAUGUACUUUUGUAAGUCUCUCUCUCUUCCCCUCACCCACUCUGUCUCCCUCUCUAUCUCCUGCUCUCUCUCUCUCUGUUCUCUUUCUCUCUCGCUUUAUCUCCAUCUCUCUCUCUUUAUCUUCUUCUCUCUCUCUGUCUGCCUUUAUCUCUUUCUGAGAGAGAGAGAGAGAGAGAGAGAGAGAGAGAGAGAGUCUCUUUAGAAAUUGAAGGUCUGAACUUCCACCUCUGACCUUUCUAAUGGACUGUUCAGAGGUCAGGUUCCUCCUCAGACUUUGAAGCACCAAAGAGAGAUGAGAUAUUAGACUGAAGGAGGGUGGCUGAUGCUCUACCCGUAACCUUAGCUGAUUUCAUGUAUGGUCCAAUUAUACACUGGAAACUUUUUUUGCAAGUAAGAUUUACUGUAUUAGCUUGUUUGUUGCUGCUGAACAGUUUUCAUAUUAUUAUAUAUAUAUUAAUGAACUGUGAAAUUUGACAAAAGCCCACUUCAAGCUGCCAUUGUUUAUUCACUGUUGUAUUUAAACUAUGAACAACCUGUCAUUUAAACAAACGCCUUGAAAUGGAUUGACUCUUCAAAGUCUGCAGAAUCAGGGCUUAAGAUCAUCCUUAAAACAUUUCACAAAGUUGCCUGAAAUCAGUAUGUUUGAUUUCUCCAUACAAAUUGUAAUCUAAGCACGUCACUUACUUGAGCUCAUAAGUAAUGAAAUAUGACACUAAUCCUUAGAUUAGAGAAUAUGAUACUAAUUCUUAGAUUAUGUAUUCAGUGAACGAUAUGAUAGAAUUAAACGCUCUGUUGGAACAUGAUAUUUUUCAUGCAAGCAUUAAAACAGAAGAAUACACAUUAACUGCAUUUCAGGAUUCAUUUAAAAUCAAAAAUGUAGGCUGAUUAGUUUUCAUGUUACUGUAUGUAUAUAGGGAAGUCUUCACUUAAUAUUCCAGAUUACUGUUUCUUUUUACAUUUACAUUUUUAUCAGAUUUUAUAUGUUAAGCAUAUUACUGGCUGAUGCCCCCUUUUUAAAAAUAAAACAGAACACUUACAGCACAGGAGGUGGCCAUUCUGUGUUGCUUUAAAACAGGUGCUAAAAUUAAUUCUUGUUGUGUUUUUAGGGUUAGGGCAAGAAUUUUUUUAGAUGCAAGGUCAAACUUUUAAAGAUAAGAUUAGCAACAGUCCCAAAAUUAGCAAGGAGUACUAACCAUUUGCUAGUAAAUUUGCUUCUGGGGAACUUGGUACAUGUUUUUGGAACUACUCGUUACAAUCCAGCGACUUCAAAAUUCUUUACUGUUGCUUAAUUAGCUUUAUUUGUGAUCUUAUACCGCCCGGCACUGGAUUCUGGUGUUACUGUUCCCACUGCUUCUGUGUGUACAAAAGAUUAUAAUUCACAGUGUAAAAUAUAACAAUCGUGUGGCACUCUGAAUUUAGAAACUAAAGCAUUUUAGUUGGAGAAAAUGAACCAGAUCCUUUCUAAAUUAUUAAUGUUAUGAAUAACUAGCAAGCUAAAUCUGAGCUGAUAAUUCACUAGGUAAUGAUAAAAACUAUCUUAGCAUUAAAGGAUUUAUAAAACCUUGAUUCUGGGAAUGAAGGGGUUAUCCAAUGUGUGGCAAUUGAAGGCUUAUUGGAAUUCAGAAGAAUGAGGAGGGAUCUCAUUGAAACCUAUCGAAUGUUGAAAGGCCUAGAUAGAGUGGAUGUACAGAGGAUGUUUUCUUUGGUGAGGGUGUGCAGCCUCAGAAUAGAGGGACAUCUAAAAGAAAGAUGAGAAGGAAUUUCUUUAGCCAGAGGGUGGUGAAUUGUGGAGUUCAUUGUCUGUGGAAUUCAUCUGUGGCAGCCAGGUCACUGGAGGCACUCAUGGUGGAGGUUGAUAGAUUCUUGAUCAGUCAGGGCGUGAAAGGUAAUUGGGAGAAGGCAGGAGAGUGGGGUUGAGAAAAAAGUGGAUCAGCCAUACUGAGAUGGCGGAGCAGACGCAAUGGCUGAAUGGCCUAAUUCUACUCCUAUGUUCUAUGGGGUUUUUUUUACACAUUUAUAAAAAAAAAGAUGCUUGCACUGUAGUGCCCUUAUGGUAAUAAGGUAUUAGUUUCCACUGGUUUACUGUUGUGGGAUUUGGAUGUUGUUCCUGUCGGCUCGAGGUCAUUUACUCCAUUAGUAAUGAUGGAUUGUGCAAAAGAAUUCACUUGCCUCCCAAUGUUUUACACACAGUCAGUUCUAAAGUCAUUGUUUCAAGAUUGAUAAAUGGGAAAAAUUAUGCCUAAUACCCAAAUUAUGUCUGAACUAUUUCUUUAAACUACUGUAAAAAGCUGAAUGGUAAAUAUGCAAACUUUCCACAUGGUCAAUGUUGGGAUUAUUUUGAACAAGUCCUUUUUUGACUUAGUCCUACCUAUUUUACAGAUUCCAUGGGCUUGUUGAACCUCAUUUGCUAGGAUCAACAGUGGAUUUGGUGGCAUACAAAAUUGCGAGAAACAUAGAUAUAGAAACCUUUCUCCAUACAAGGUCAGAUAGCAUAGGUUUAAGGUGAGGGCUGAAAGGUUCAGAGGGUAUCUAGGGAAGAGUUCUUUUCACAAGGAAAUCUGGAAUACAGAGGAAGCAAGUUCAAUAAUCAUUUGGUUAAGCAUAAACACAAGAGCUUCUGCAGAUGCUGGAAUCCUGCAAAAGCAGGAUUUCCCAGUUGUUUACCAUUUUAAUUCUAAUCCCCCACCUUCCCAUUCUGACAUGUCAUCCAUAGCCUCCUUUACUACCACAAUGAGGCCACUCUCAGGUUGGAGGAGGAGCACCUCAUAUUCCGUCUGGAUAGCCUCCAACCUGAUGGCAUGAACAUCGAUUUCUCGAACUUCUGGAAUUUUUCCACUCCCCCUUUUCUUUUCUUCAAUUCCCCACUCUUCUCCCCCCCCACCUUACCUCUUCUCUUCUCUUCUCCUCAUCUUCUCUAUCACCUCCUGGUGCUCCUGUCCCUUCCCUUUCUCCCAUGGUCCAUUCUCCUCUCUUCCUCCUUCUUCUUCAGCCCUUUACCUUUUCCACCUAUUACCUCCCAGCUUCUUACUUUAUCCCCACUCCCCGACCCACCUAGCUUCACCCAUCACCUUCUACCUUGUACUCCUUCCCUUCCCCUCACCUUCUUAUUCUGGCUUCUUCCUCCUUCCUUUCCAGUUCUGAUGAGGGCUCCUGACCUGAAACAUCAACUGUUUAUUCAUUUCCAUAAAUGAUGCCUGGCCUGCUGUGUUCCUCCAGCAUUUUGUUUGAGUUGCUCUGGAUAAGCAUUUAGAUCACUUGGGCAUAGUAAAUCUGGACCUAGUGCUGGUAAAUGGGAAAAGUGUGGAUGAGAGUCAGCAUAGAUGUGAUGGGCCGAAGGGCAAGUCAGUGUUGUGCAACUCUAAUCUUCUGAAAGGCUCAGUGAAAAUUGAAUUUUUUUCUUUUUUCAAGCCAACCCCAAAUGAAGUGUUUUAGAACUGUAGGUUCUAUAAGUAAGACAUCUAGGUUUUGCUGCAUUCUAUAAAUUUAAAACAUCUAUAGGUUUAUUCAGUUAAAGAAGUUGGUAGUUAUACAUCAAUAGCUUUACAUGCAAGUGUAGCUUAUAGAUUUGCAAAGGAGAAAGCAAUAGAACGAAUUUUCAAAGGUCAUAGCAUCCUGUACUAUGCUUUCCUGCAGAUUAGUUCUGGGAAAACUAAUAUAAUACUUGGCAACUUGGUCAUAGCCCUACACUGUGCAACCAAUUCUGAACCUCAAGAGUUCAAAAACACAAGAGAUUCUGCAGAUGCUGGAAAUCCAGAGUAACACACACAAAAUACUGGAGGAAUUCAGCAUCUGGAGAAGAAUAAAGAGUCAACUUUUCAGGCUGGGACUCUUUAUCAGAACGUGAGGACAGUCCUGAGGAAGGGUUUCAGCCCAAAACGUUGAUGUUUUAUUCCUCUCCGGUUGCUGCCUGACCUGCUGAAUUCCUCCAGCAUUUUGUGUGUGUUACUCAAGAGUUCAAACUUUUUGCAGUGUGGCUUGGCAUGGCUAUGUGGUUGUUCUGUGCUGCCCUACUUUUUUGCGACAAUUGUGUUCAGUUACUCUUAACUAACAGAAGCUGUUACCUAUGUCGCUAUUUAGAAUGUGAAGACUGCCUUGCUGGUCAUGUCAUUCAGCUCAUUAUGCACUUUUGUUGUCAAGGUUAAUAGUAUAAUAUAGUUGGGUUUGACUAAUGAUGUCUGUAUCAAAAUAGAUUAGUUGGAAAUGUAACUGUAGUAUAAUUUAUAUAAAAAGCUUAAAAUGUUCACAUCUUAUUGAGGAACAAAUUAUGCAGAAAGACUCUGAGAGUUUUUAAACUGGAAUCUGCACUUUGAGAAUGCAAUUCAAAACAUUCAAACCAGCAUAAAUUCUGUUGUAUAAUUUUUAUUUCUAUGCUACUUGUUGUUAUAACCUGCCUAUUGUAACAAUUUUUUUAUAAAAAAAAAUCCUUUUAUACUAAUGAAUGUCAUACAGUCUUUAUUGGGUAAUUGCAUGUUUUAAAGCCACUGUAUAUUGCACAGUUGUGAGGACAAGACGAAACACUCUAGGCAAUUGAAAUGUUUGGGCUUGUCUUGGUUGUCUUGAUCUUCAUGGUUUGUCUUGUCCUUUAUCAUUUAACUAGUUGUAGGUCCAAGUAUUUCUCUGCCUAUUUUUGUAAAAUCUAAAUUCCGUGUCUAUUCCUAUGAUACACAGAAGAGAUUCUGCAGAUGCAGAAAAUCCGGGUCAACACACACAAAAUGCUGGAGUAACUCAGCAGAUCAAUCAACAUCUAUGGAAAUGAAUAGUUGAUGCGUCCGGAAGAGAAGUCUCAACCCAAAAUGUUGACUGCUUAUUUCCAUAGAUGCAGCCUGACUUGCUGAGUUCCUGCAGCAUUUUGUGUGUGUCAGUGUCUAUUCCAAAUGUUAGGUGAUUAAAAAUAAACAAUAUUUAUAAUCUUUAUUUGAUUGGAACACUAUUCACCAUUUUUUCCCACAAAGCAUUGUGGAUUAAAACAUGCAAUCCCUUUCAUUGAGCAUUUCAGAUCAUUGCAGCAACUUAAUUAUAGGGUUACAGCCACUUUGAAUCAUUCUCUACAAUGAUAACUUAUUUCAAAGUUGUGCAUCAAUGGGUAGAUUUUUAAAUGUGUACAGUUUAAGUCAACGUCCUACAGAGGAUAUUUAUUCUUUUUGUUCCCUUGGUAUACCUGACCAUAUAACGCAUGGUGUUCCAAGAGGAAGCAAGGAGCUUAUUCCCAGGUGUCUAUAGGCUUCCUGGUCUCCACCAUUGUAGAUGAAAGAAAUUGAUACUUCAGGGAGGGUUUCAGACUCUAAUAUUUCUCUCCUCAUUGAAAGGCACCCAAUCUAAGUGGGGUGACUUGAGACAGAGCAGUUAAAGUGGAUGUUGAGGAAGAGGGAUGGAGAGAGGGUUUGCUCAGACUCACAUUCACUCACCACUGGUGCUCCAGUUAGAGUUUGUAGUCGAUACUCUAUGUACCAAAAUGUAAUUUUGACGGGUAGGGAUUCUCUUAAAUUACUAGAAAUAUUGCUGCUGUAAGCUUUAUUAAAACAAUCUGUGUGCAGAGAUCUUAAAAUGUAACUUGUAGUAAUUAACAUGAAUACCUAAUCUAUGGAGGUUAAGCCAAACCCCUUUGCUCUACUUAUGCGUGCGAUAUGGUCAUAAGUUGGAGAAUCAAGACUUUGUGAGACUCCAGAGUUAUUGUUGUUUGUGUGUGGAUCUUCAAGGCCAAACUAUCCAAUAUACAGCCAAAUGUUAUUUUUUCCAUUGUAAAUCACUGUCAUGGUGCACAAUUAUGCUACUACAAUUGAAUACUGCUGUGUGUUCAUAUUCACACUGUUACUUUGGACAGUUUUCAUAUUGUUCUGUCAACAGAAUUAUAUUUUCUCAGCUUAUGUAUUUGUGUAUUUUCACAAAGGAGAAUUAAACUCUGCAAGUUAGUGCUUCAUGAGUCUUACUCACGGAAAAAAAUGAUUUUUGUGGAGAAUAAAGUGAAGUAUACAUGGAAAAACUUCAAGUGAACUAUGUUACAGCAGAAGCCUGUUAACUACUGGUGCUGAACAGCACAAACUCACAAGCAGAAUGGAAAAGGCAGUCUCCAAACUGCUUCAAUGCUUUGAGGACCAGCCAAGUACUGGCAAAAGAAAGCUGUAAAUCUUAUAAACAAUCAGAAUGGCAUAUUGUAUUCUCUUAAUGUAACUCAUUUACCUUAAAAUAAAG